AUGGGAGAUGAAGAGGAACCACAAGUUGCUGGCAUCUUUGGUGUCAAUUUCCAUCACAGCCUUCGACAGCAGGGAGAUGGAUCGGAUACCGACGCAGAUGAGUCGGAGGAAGCCCGGAAUGACGAGAUGCCAGUUGUUCAUGAAAAGGCGGAGCAGGCAGACGAUUAUUCUCUAUCCGAUAUGCCUACACCAAGCAUUAGAGAGAGCAGUUCUUUCACACUUGACCCACGGGCAACGACAAAAACUGCUGGGUUCGAACAGCAGGCGACAUCGAAGUCGCUCCCUAGCCGGUCAAGCCUUGAGCUGGCUACACCUAUGAUGAGCACUCCUCGCUUCGCACCACCUUUCUCGGCACGCUCUUUCAGUUCCUUUGGUGAUGUUGGGGGUCAUCGCUGCAGCGGUAUCUCUCUAUCAGCUCUUGCUAGGGUUAGCAUUCGUAAUGCGCCCACAGUUUCGAGCCCUCCGCCACUGGCAACAGCGGCAACUCCACCUCGCACGGCUACCUCACAAGCUGCGCUUUGCUUCUCUAGCCCUGGUUGGAUGCUGAGGGCGCAGAGUGAUGACGACGACGACGACUUGCCUGACACGGAUCAAGGAGAACAGUUUAGCGACGACUCUGACUAG